AUUUGGCGGCUUCUGUUUGGAAAAAUUUUCACUCUCUUGUAGCCGGAAUUUAUAGCUCAGCCUCUCCUGCACUCUCUUCCAACUAGGAAUCUUAAAAAUCGUUUGUUCAUCUAUCUAUCUCUGUGCUAUAAUUUAACUCAACUCUGAGGCCCCUUGUUGUUGCGGAAUCAAUCAAAUAUAGACAUAAAUUUUGUCAUGCUCACAUAACAACAUGUUGCUGCUGCUGUUGACUCUAUCUUCUCUUCUACCGUGCCCAAAAGCCUUCACCUACACCGACCUCCGGAUAGACUGCGGUUCGCUGAACCCUUCCAACGUCACCGCCGGCGGCGAACUCCGGUGGCGCACAGACGAGGAAUUCAUACGAGGUGGAGAGAACAAGCUCCUCCAGACCACCAAUCUGAGUAACCCAAUUCAAAUGAACACUCUUCGCUUCUUCCCCAAAGGCAAGGCCAACUGCUACGAGCUUCUCCUUUUCACCAAAUACCAUGAGUUUCUGUUCCGAGCUGGGUUUUACUACGGCGACUAUGAUGGCCUCUCCAAGCCGCCCAGUUUUGGGCUCCAGAUAGAUGGUAAAUUGUGGGCAAACGUGACGACUUCUAUGGGGCAAGAGCCGGUUUAUCACGAACUGCUUUAUAUCUUGAAGGAAGAGCAAGUGAGGGUGUGUUUGGUUCGCGAGAAAAUUGAUGAGAUUCCUUUCAUUUCGUCGCUUGAAGCCACGGUGGUGUAUGAUUCCUACCAGUAUAUGGACAACAACACGGCUCUGUAUCUUCAUAGCAGGAUCAACUAUAUAGGCGCCAACAAGUCUGUUGAGAAAACCAUAGGUUUUUCAGAGGAGCGAUUCGUUCAACCGAGUUUGGAAAUCCAAAGAGAUGCCGGAAUACCUCAACAUUCACCCGCAAGUGAUACCAGACGGGUGCUUGUAUUCAGAAAACUCUCCGCCGUGGCCGGUGAUGGCGUACGCAAUCCAAGCUCCAAACCUGACCGGCUCCAUCCACUUGACCAUCGAUUUCUCUCCUCGGACCGCCAUUGACGCCUACCUCAUCCUCUAUUUCAUGGAUCCGAUUGGCCGCUUUCCUCCCAACCAAACAGGCAGAGUUGAAGUCUGGUUCGACGAUUUUAAAGUGGCCGUCACCGACGUCCCUAGCUUGUUCGAAUGGGGAGAGGUUUUGUACCACGUUGUGACCCUGUUCCCAGUGCGGGUGGCCGGAAAUUCGGCCAACGUGACGAUUGCUUCGGGGGAGGGAUCGACGCUGGCUCCUUUGGUCGAUGCAAUGGAAGAAGUGUUUUCCGUGGUUGAUGUAUCGAACGGUGGACAGAUUUUCGGCUUCUCGGCACGUUCCAUUGUUUUCCUCCAAUUGCAUUUGCUGCUGCUUCUCGUGAUUCCCUAGUUAUGGGGGAAUCAUCGAGAUCGAGUGUGUAAAAUUGGAUUAAAGGCAAAAUCAUUGUCCACCCAACAUAAUUUUAUCAUAGAAAAUUCACGCUGAUGAUUUUUCAUAGUGUUUUUAAUUGUCAAAUCACUUAAAAAGUCCAUUAAUA